AUGUCUUCACAACAAAUUAAUAUUUUCUUUACAGGUGCAAGUGGAUAUAUAGGAGGUUCUCUUCUCGCUGGUCUUCUUCAACAUCCAAAUGCAUCAAAUUUUAAAAUAACUGCUCUUAUUCGUGGUGAUGUAAAUCGAGCUAACAAACUUGCAUCACUCGGUGUUACUCCAUUAAUUGGUUCAAAUGAUUCUCAUGAUAUCAUCGAGAAAGCAGCCAGCGAAUCACAUGUAGUUAUUCAUACAAGCGACUCAGCUGAUGAUGUUCCAUCAGCUAAAGCAAUUAUUGCUGGUUUGAAUAAACGAACUAAAACAACAGGAAAACCUGUUAUUUAUAUUCAUACUAGUGGUACUGGUGUUCUAACUGAAGAUGUUCGUGGUAAGAAAGGAUCGAAUACAGUCUAUAAUGAUCUUGAUUCUGAUCAAAUCAAUGGUUUAGCUGAUGAACAAUUACAUCGAAAUGUUGAUCUCUUAGUAAUUAACUCAGCAGAAGCUAAUCCUCUGUUGAAGAGUGUCAUUGUUCUUCCACCUCUUAUCUAUGGCAUUGGUAAAGGACUUUUCAAUCAGACUUCUAUUCAACUUCCAGUAUUAAUUCGAGCUGCUCUAAAACGAGGCAAGGUUGAAACAAUUGGACUAGGUGAAUCGACAUGGAACAAUAUUCAUAUUGAUGAUUUAGUUGAUGCAUAUAUUGUUCUUUUCGAUCAACUUCUUGCUGCUUAUGGACCUAAUGCCGAACAUGAUGCGAAACCCAAUCCAUAUUUAACUACAGGACGUGAAGGAUACUAUUUUACUGAAAAUGGACGACAUUCAUGGAGACAAUUGGCUGAAAAAAUUGCUGAAAUUCUUUACAAGAAAGGUAUUAUCAAAUCAUCAAAUGUCACAAGCUUUCCUGACAAUGAAGUAGAAGAUGCUCUAUGGGGUUCAGCAAGUUGGAGGGGACUCGGAAGUCAAUCAAAUUCCAAGGCAGAAAGAUUGCGCAAAUUAGGAUGGGAACCACAUCGAGCCAAUCUCUUCGAUAGUGUUGAAGAACAAGUUGAUGUUUUGACCAAUCAAACAAAAAAUUAA